GUACGUACAGCAGACUGCUAAAGACAGCGCCACUGAUGCAGUGAAGGAUGGAGAGAGAAGAUAGGUACUGGCUUGUACUCUCUUCGUACUAGUGUUUACAUACGCGAUUGUGUGACCUGGAACUUGUGAUGUUUACCAAAAAUUUAGUCAUACUCCUGUCGUUUCUGUACGUAACGACCGGAACCGAUGGUCUGUUAUGUCCGUUGAGAGAUGACUUAACUUACUUAUGCAAGAUCGGAGAAGUUUGCUGCGGACAACACAGCCCUCGAUGCUGUUCAACAUUGACAAAAAUAGCUAGAACCAAAGUAUUAACUAUCAAAGGUCUUCCUAUUUCAUUCCUGAAAGAGCCUUAUUACUUCGGAGGCAUGAACUCGAGUUAUAACAAACUUUCACCUAUCCUGCCGAAGAUUGAUACUAAGCCUUUUACCUUAAAAGGCAUAGACUCCGAUAAUUUUGUACCAAGGGAACCUGAAAACUUCCGUAUGAAUGGCAUGGUUGCAGCGAAAUUAGUGAAAUUCUUUCUGGUAGCAGUUGCUGCAAUGUUUAGCAUUGCGAUCAGAUUGUGCGGUUGUUCCUCCUGCUCUAACGGUUCUGACAAAAAUACUCAGCAAGAACCUAUUAUGGUGGCAGAAGGAAAUGAACGGCGAGAACCUUUACUGGCGAACACAUUAGCAGCCAUCCCUCUGCCUUAUAGUCCUUUGAAUCCACCUUUGAAUCGGCCAAUCUACAAUGUAUAGCCUACAUGUUUUGUAUGUCACUUAUGUAUUUUAUUUUGUUACUCGUAUUAAAACCAUCUCUUAUAUAUUAAAGAGGUUUUUGUCUUU